AUGUCAUCAUCACUAUCUGUUCAGUUUCUUUCUCCUCCCCUGUCUUCAGCUCUCCCCUGCUGCAAGCAGACGAGGCUAGCAGCCGCCACCACCCCCCUGGCGCCGGUUUCCACGGAUGUGGAGGCGGCCAGGUUGGAGCCUAGAGUGGAGGAGAGAGAUGGGUAUUGGGUUUUGAAAGAGAAGUUUAGAGGAGGGAUUAAUGUUCAGGAGAAGGUGAAGAUUCAGAAGGAACCCAUGAAGCUUUUCAUGGAGAAUGGGAUUGAAGAGCUUGCCAAGACUUCUUUUGAGGAGCUUGAGAAGUCUAAGGAUAGUAAGGAUGAUAUCGAUGUCAGGCUCAAGUGGCUUGGCCUUUUCCACAGAAGAAAGAAUCAUUAUGGUAGAUUUAUGAUGAGACUGAAGCUACCAAAUGGAGUUACAACAAGUGUACAAACAAAAUAUCUAGCGAGUGUGAUAAGAAAAUAUGGUGAGGAUGGUUGUGCGGAUGUUACAACCAGGCAAAAUUGGCAAAUCCGGGGAGUGGUACUGCCUGAUGUGCCAGAAAUUCUAAGAGGUCUCGCUGAGGUUGGCUUGACAAGUCUGCAGAGUGGCAUGGACAAUGUGAGAAACCCAGUUGGAAAUCCUCUCGCCGGAAUCGACCCCGAAGAGAUUGUUGAUACACGACCUUACACAAACUUGUUGUCCCAAUAUAUCACUGCCAAUUCACUUGGCAAUCCUACUGUCACAAACUUGCCAAGAAAGUGGAAUGUGUGUGUGGUGGGAUCUCAUGAUCUUUUUGAGCAUCCCCACAUCAACGAUCUCGCUUACAUGCCUGCAACAAAGAACGGAAGAUUUGGAUUCAAUUUGCUUGUGGGAGGCUUCUUUAGUCCUAAACGGUGCGCAGAGGCAGUUCCUCUUGAUGCCUGGGUCUCCGCAGAUGAUGUGAUCCCACUUUGCAAAGCAGUGCUAGAGGCCUAUAGAGACCUUGGCACCAGAGGGAACCGACAGAAGACGAGAAUGAUGUGGUUGAUUGAUGAACUAGGCAUAGAAGGAUUCAGGGCAGAGGUUGCUAAAAGAAUGCCUUUCCAAGAGCUGGAGAGAGCAUCUUCUGAAGACCUGGUUCAGAAGCAAUGGGAAAGGAGAGACUACGUAGGUGUCCAUCCACAAAAACAAGAAGGUCUAAGCUACGUGGGACUUCACAUUCCAGUCGGCCGGCUCCAAGCAGACGACAUGGAUGAGCUAGCUCACGUAGCUGACAAGUAUGGCACAGGGGAACUCCGGCUCACUGUGGAGCAAAACAUAAUAAUCCCAAAUGUUGAGAACUCAAAACUUGAAGCAUUGCUUAAAGAGCCUCUUCUGAAAAACAGAUUUUCACCUGAACCUUCAAUUCUCAUGAGAGGAUUGGUGGCCUGCACUGGCAACCAGUUCUGUGGACAAGCCAUCAUUGAGACCAAGGCCAGGGCCUUGAAGGUGACUGAGGAGGUGGAGAGACACGUGGCAGUGACCCGACCGGUGAGGAUGCAUUGGACCGGGUGCCCUAACACCUGCGCGCAGGUGCAAGUGGCGGAUAUUGGUUUCAUGGGAUGCAUGGCAAGGGAUGAGAAUGGGAAGCCUUGUGAAGGGGCUGAUGUUUUCUUGGGAGGGAGGAUAGGAAGUGACUCACAUUUGGGAGAUGUUUAUAAGAAGAGUGUCCCUUGCAAGGACUUGGUACCUUUGGUUGUUGACAUUUUGGUAAAACACUUUGGAGCUGUCUCUAGAGAGAGGGAAGAAGGGGAAGAUUAA